UCAAAUCCGACAUGCAGGGCCGGCCACCACGGAUAUCCCUCGCAAUCCGGGCAGAGGCAGACCUCGGCAGCAGCUUCAUGUCCUCCUAUAGAGAGAGAGAGAGAGAGAGAGAGAGAGAGAGAGGAUGAACUCGCUUCUGAAUGUGAACGCAGACAAAUGGGUGAAAGCAAUAGGAGAAUGGUUGUUGCUGAAUGGCUUCCUAGGGCUCUUAUUCUUAAUUAUUUUGGGGUUUGGAUGUCUGAGACUCUUCCAACCCAGAACUAAGAAGCUGCUUCCUCCAGGAACAUAUGGUUGGCCUCUCAUUGGUGAAACCAUGCGCUCCUGGAAAUCUACUAAACCUGGUGAAUUCAUAGAGAAGAGGAGAGAAAAAUACCACCAUCAAAUCUUCAAGACUUCCUUAUUCGGCCACAAGAUGGCCGUCAUGUGUGGCCCUGCCGCCAACAAAUUCCUCUUCUCCAACGAGAAGAAGCUCGUCGUCACUUGGUGGCCUCGCUCCGUCCAAAACAUCUUCCCAUCUUCCAUCCUCACUGAUGCCGGCGCCCACGCACACAAGCUAGUUACUUCUUUCCUCAGGCCUGAAGCUCUCCGCCGCUAUGUUGGUCUCAUAGAUGGGCUUGCGCAAUGCCAUUUCAAAGAUGAAUGGCACGGUGAAAGGGAGGUGAAGGCAUUCCAUCUCAUUGAUGUGUACACAUUCAUGUUGGCAUGCCGCCUGUUUGCCGGCAUCGAAGAUAAUCCAGACUGCAUAUCGACGCUGGCCCAUGAAUUCCACCUCUUGGUGAGAGGAGUGCUGCAGGUGCCUCUAAGAUUACCUGGCACCCGCUACCACCGGGCCAUGAAAGCGGCUGAUGAAAUCAGAAAAGUGCUUGGAAAUGUUGUGAUCGAAAGGAGGAGAAGGGCAGCAGCAUCGUCGAUGCAGGACAUGAUGUCGUAUCUGCUGGUGACCCCAGACGACAAGGGACGGUUGAUGACAGAGAAGGAGAUCUUGGAUAACAUGCUGCUGUUGCUAUUUGCAGGCCAUGACACCACUACCAGCGCUAUAACAUUACUAGUGAAAUUUCUUGCUGAGAAUUCCCAAGUCCACGAUCACGUCUUUAAAGAGCAAAUGGAGAUUGCAAAAUGCAAAGGAGAAGGAGAGGGACUCAACUGGGAGGACAUACAGAAGAUGCGGUUUUCAUGGAACGUGGCCAGUGAAGCCAUGAGACUCUGCCCACCUGUUGGUGGGGCCUUCAGGGAGGCCAUCUCAGAGUUCACCUAUGCUGGUUUCACCAUUCCCAAGGGGUGGAAGAUUCAUUGGAGGCCUUACACGACACACAGCAACCCCAACUGCUUUGUGGAUCCGGAGAAAUUCGAUCCAUGGAGGUUUGACAGAGACAUUCCUGGUUCUUUCACAUUUGUUCCAUUCGGAGGAGGACCUCGCAUGUGCCCUGGGAAGGAGCUGGCUCGGCUGGAAAUACUCGUCUUCCUCCAUAAUUUGGUGAAGAGGUUCAAAUGGGAGUCGGUUUUUCCUAACAAGGAGAUAGAACUGGACCCAAUGCCACUUCUCAGACAAGGGCUUCCUAUUCGCCUCCAGCCUCAUCUCACCUGUCCUAGUACAAACAACAUCCCUGCCAACUAAGGUUGAUGAGGUUAGUUACAAAUUGAGGAUCCCUCUAUGUAUAGAACAGGAAACCGUCUAUCUACUUUACACUAACGGCCAGAACAGUGCUAUGUGACAACCAUCUAACGGCCAAGAAUACUGUACUAUAGAUAAUUCUACAUUACCUUUUCACUAAAGAACUCUAGAGAUCUCUUCACAGCUCUAUAUGUUUCUAACAUUCUCUAGAAUUCUCUACACUGUUGUGCUAUGUAACAGCUUCUCUAUAUGUAUAAGUGGAUCUUCAAUUGACA